AUGGCAGCGGCGGGCAUCGCCAACGGCGGCGGCGGCAGCGCGGGUGCAGGUCCGAAACCUGAUGUUGCAAGUGAGCGCGUGGACCUGCGCAAGGCCAACACCAACAGCUACGUUGCGGCCACCUUCACGUUGCCCGCCGCCAACAGGCAGGCAGCUGCCAGCAAGCUGUAUGUGGGCCGGCUGCAGGAGGUGAUUGUGGUGCCCAUCGGCAGCCAGCGUUGCACGCUGCUGAGCGCGUUGUGGUGCUGGGAGAUGGUGGAGGAUGAGCAACUGCUGGGGCUUUGGCCGCACCGGCGGCAAGUGCACUUCAAGACCAAGGCAGCGCACGCCAUCCCCGACUACCUGCUCCGCAACCCACGCCUUGGACUCGACCUCCCCAGCUUCCUCGGCAGCGGCGGCGCCGCGGUGCCACCGCUGCUGUACGCCGACGACAUGGUCCUGCUGGCCACCUCAGCGGCCGGGCUGCAGCGGCAGCUAAACCUGCUCCAGCAGUCCUGCCGGCAGUGGGGCCUCACUGUCAACAUCGACAAGACCAAGCUCAUGCUGCUCAGCGGGCGGCGGACCCAGCACGCGGCGCAGCAGCCAGCAGAGGCAGCAGGCCUCACCUUCGCCGGCCAGCAGCUGGCGGCAGUCACCAGCUUCAAGUAUCUCGGCAUCGCCUUUCACUCCAGCACCUGCCUGGCAGGGGCAGCAGCGCCAGCCCGGGCACAGCCGGCUAUGCACAACUGCCGGACCCGCUGCGCAGAGGUGGGCAUCGAGGCGGCGCCCGUCCAGCUGUGGCUUUUCGGCACCAUGGUGGACUCGGUGCUGUCCCAUGGUGCUGAGGUGUGGGGCGUGCAGCUGGCGGCCACAGCGGCGUGCUGCCAUCGUGGCAGUGCCGGCAGCGCGGCCGAGAAGCUGCAGCUCAGCUACCUACGCCACCUGCUGGGGGUACGGCAGAGCACCCCCAAUGCGGUCUUCCUUGCGGAGACUGGCGAGCGCCCGCUGUGGCAGCGCUGGCUGCGGCGGGCAGCCAAACUCUGGAACAAGACGUUGGAGGAGCGUCCCGGCAGCCUGUUGCAGCAAGCGCUAUUGUCCAGCGUGCAGCUCGCAGAUGGCGCCCACCCCCUGGCACAGCAGUCCUGGGCUGCCCAGCUGGCGGCCGGUCUCGCAGCGGUCGGCAUGCAGCUGAACCUGCAGCAGCCAGCACCUGUUGACCUCGGCGAGCUGGGGGAAGCUGCGCAGCGCCGCCAGCUGGCGCAGCUCCAGGAGGCGCUGGCGAAGGGCGGCGCCAGCCGGCUGGAGCACUAUGUGCACAACGUGGUGGGCGCCCUCAACCUGGCGCCCGCCAUGUUUGGGCAGCGCGAGACCUACCUGGAUGCAGUAUAG